AUGUCAUCGGCCAACAUGGUGGUUGGGGACAUAAUUUCUGGUAAGUGUAUCAACUUGGUGUAAGGGACAGAUGAAAACACUAAAUCGGACUAAAUUAACCUUUGACAUAUUUGUGAGCAAGAUCCAAAAGGAAGCCCACGAUUUGUUAUUGAAAUUAUUUCUUCUUCUUAUUGCUACUAAUGUUCUCGUUAAUAGCAGAGCUCCAAAGCCAAGGAAAUCUACCCAUCCCAGAAAAUUUGGUAAUCAUGUGACCGUACACCGCCCGUCCUUCCGCACCACUGGUAGCCAAUGUUUAAGCUCAUACUUUCUAGCUAGUUUGGGAGCACAGGAACACUGAUAAUACACCCAUUUUGGACAUCAAUGUUGUGAUCAAUUAACAGCUGUCAAAACAGGGUAUCUGCUGACCAGUAUCACUUGACCGUAUUGCAGGUUCAGGUGUUGACCCAUCUAGGUCAAGUAUUUUUUGGGAGUUAUCUGCUAACAAGUUACUAGUUUUCAAAUGAUCGCAGGCUCAAGUUUAAUUUUUUUAAUUCAUAUGAAAUAUGUUGUGUUUAUGUGCCCCACAAAGAAAAUUUUGAUUUCAAAGUGACCUGAGAUGCGAAAAUUCAGCCAGCUAUGCAGGAAGACCGUAUGCCCACACCACAACAAAACCCAUGUUUACUUACACACUUUCUAACCACCUUGGGAGCCCAGGAGAAAACUGAUUGCUCAUCAAUGUUGUGAUCAAUCAUGGAUUUCAUGGAUAAUAUCCAUGGAUCAAUUGACAGCUGUCAAAACAAGAUAUCCGCUGACCAGUAUCACCUGACCGUAUCACGGGCUCAGGUGUCGACCCAUCAAGGUCGAGUACUUUUUUGAAGUUAUCCACUGACAAGUUACUAGUUUUCAAAUGAUCGCAGGCUCAAGUUUAUUUUUUUAACAAUUCAUAUGAAAUAUGUUGUGUUUAUGUCACUAUGGCCCCGCACUAUUAAGAUUUUGAUUUCAAACUAACCUUGGAUGCGAAAAUUCACACUCUACGUCCAAUUUUUAUGCUCUGUUUGGUCAAAAUGUGACAGGUGACUUCAUGUGAAAAAUUUAUGCAGCAUCUUAAAUCUUGUUUACUUUGACAGCUGAAGCUGACAGAGUUUUUGUCUUCCACUGGAUGUACACAAAUGAACUACAGCUGCUAUCAACAGUCGCUUGUCAAAGUCGGAAAUCCGAUUUGGAAUGGCAUUGUUUUCGUUUUUCACCUUGCUUGAAAAGCCUGAAGCAAUACUGCCAUCUCCGGCAAGACAACACAUGAUGCUACCACUGAGCUAACACUAUCCUUGCUUGUCGUACCUUUGAGCAGUCAACUGGUAUCAAAGUUGUAUGUAUGGAUUUCAGUGACCCCCAAGGAGGUAAGGGAGUGAUGGACAGGUUGGCGGCCACUUGCAAAAACCACAUCCGAACAUACAUCAACGCGGGCAACAAUGUCACAACAACAGCGGAGAUGAAGGAGGCCUUGUUAUCCUACGGAGGAGUGGAAGGCGUCUGAGUUGCUAUCCUGCUUUCAAUAGAAGAAACUGUGGAGCUUCAAAAGAUAUCUGGAAUAAGCAAGAUAAAUAACUUUCUGUUCACGGAGGACUCCCUUCAAGCUUGGCGUACUUAUGCAAUUGGUCCUGGAAAGACCAUAGCCUCGGAAAAGGUUCCAGGUCGGUGUCAUUUCUCUGAAGUUAAAAAUAAAAAGGGAGAAUGUCUUUAACUGGUGGGGAUAGCAGACUUCCGUUGUUACUCCCAUAUGUAGGUAUGGUACAAGCUAUUGUCACGGUAUUUUGUAAAACGCAGCACAUGAAACAAUGGAGAUGUAAAAGAAAUAUUUUUUCCUUUAAUAUCAAUUUCUUGAAAAUUUUGUUAACGUCACUGGGAUAAGGUUUUUGCUACUACACCGCACAGAAAAUAACUAUUUUUUCCAGUCACUCAUUUCAGUAACUCUGCUGUAACGUAUGCUUCAUAUUCCUACUCUUUUGACAGAUGUGACCUAUAGCUGGCUUACUGUUUCUUUUACUGCUGGUGGGUUUAAACCAAUUACUCUAAAAUCGCCUUCAACGCAAGCUAGACCCCAGGCAGCCCCUGAAGUUCCCAAAGUUCAGCAAAGUGGCCCUGAAAGGCAUCUGUCUAGUGUUUAUUCGGGCCCUAAGGAAGGUUGUGUGAAAGUUUUUUAAAUAGUGUCUGCCCUAGAACGUCACUUGUCCUUAGAGGCCUGUACCUUGUCUCCAGAAAGGCACACCCCGAUGGAUUUGGCCAAACAUCAAUACGCCACCUACCUACAGGAGGGCGUACGGCUUAUUCCUGCACUGCGAGCAGUACCAAGCUCAGUUGGCAGUUCACAUCAAGCUGAGGACGUCAAGGAAGGGUGGGUGCUGAAACAAGUGAGGAAACCAUACCGUUUUAACCAAAAGCGGAAAACCUACUUGGAGGAAAAGUUCAAUAUCGGCCAGUCCACCAGAAGUAAGAUUGACCCUGCCUUUGUAGCAAAAGAAAUGUGCUGUUCCCGGUGCAAAGAUGGGGAAAGGUUAUUCGUUGUUUCUGAAUUCCUGACACUACAGCAAGUUUCCUCCUUCUUCUCGCGACUGGCACUAAAAGUGUGCCAGCAACAGGUUGAGGUCUCCCAAGAAGACACCUUAGCUGUAGAGGAGCAAAGAAAUUUCGCUACUACAAACAAAAACGUGCUUUCUUCUCUGCAGCUCCAUCAUCCCAUUGUUGUUGACCCGUACAACGUAUGCUCUCUGGUCAAUAAAUCUGAGUUUCGGAAAACGAAGGUGGCACUGCUCCAACAUCUUUGCGAACGCUUAGAGGUGAAUACACCUGUACCAGCAGUGAGGAGGAAGGUGCCAUUCGUGGAACUUUUAGGAGAACUUGUAAAUAGUUGCCCUUGUAACCCCCGAAAGUGAACAAAUUAGCGUACUCCUAGUGACUGGGGCUAUACUGAUUUUCUCAUGUAACUCAAGUUAAGUUUGUAUUUGUUAGUGAGUCGUGGUUGUUAACGCUCCGAUGUACAUGCAAAUUCAUACCCCCACUGUGGUACAAUGGGGGGGGGAGGGGGUGGAUAGAACCCCUCCCCAGAGUUUUUGAUAUGUUUUUGAAACGAGUUUACCUUAAGUCGAAAGCCUCUUCUUAACAAGAUGAGGUAUAUUUUAUGGGUAAUGGCACUGCUGGAGGCCUGUGAUGUCACCAACAAUGGUUGCCAUCUCGGAUUUUACCAAGAAUUAGAAUUCAGGAUAAAACCGCAAGAAAUGGUAAUUUUUUGUGCUUUACAUGGAAGAUGACACAUAAAUAAGCGGUUUGCAGGAUUUUUGUCAGAAGAUUUACUUUUAUUGUUGAAAGAAGGUGAAAAAACAUGUAUUUUCACCCAAAAUUGGCUUGACCACCUGCUACUUUUUAUGUCAUAUUUUGUAACCAUAGCAGCCGACCAUCAUCAAACUUGCCUCAAAAUCUGCGCGAGGGAUGAACGAACAACUCCUGAAAACAUCAGAUGCUGAUGUUUCACCCUUUGGGAAAAAACCCAAAAAAACCUAAUGGGGGGAAGGCAAACCCCCCCCCCUUGUACAUCCGUGGUUUAACAUCCCAAGACUAUCAUUCGCGUGUGAAUGAAAGCGGUUUUGGAAUUUUGGUGGCACCAUUGAUCUAACAUGCGCAGUUAACUUUGACUCAAACGAACAAUAACUUCAGAGCAAUAUUGCCAUAUACACAUUACCAUUCUUUCAAAAGUAGAAUAAGUCCACUUAAGCACUUACUCGUAAAAAAUUUUUACCAGCAGUAAAAUGAAAGUAUUUUAUAUAGUUUCAUGUUAUUGCUAAAUGACACCUGCAGUUCUUUUCAAAGUUUCAUACCCAUCGAAAAACUGAAAAGAAUUAUAGCUCAUUCAUUCAUUAUUAUUCAUUGUCAUAGUUUCUAAUUGCGCCUGUAAUGACAACGGGGCCACCUUGGGCAUGACCCGUAAACAAUGGUUUGAUUUGAACGUGAUUUGUGAACUUUUACGUGGAUUUCAUCAUCGGCGAAUUUGAUAAGGCAAAAAGAUUGGUUCAAUAGUUCAGCCGUUGCAUGUAAAUAAGCCUUCUUUUUUCAGGCAGACAAAUGUUAGCACGUAUAAAGACUGCCUUAAGUCAAUUAGGCGAGAAGAAGUAUAUUGUCCUAAAUUUCCAGGAAAACCAGUUAGUUUUGGGCCGAAAAGAAGUUGGUUAAAACUUUUUUCAGAGAAUUACCCAAUUGUUAACGUAAGCGUGAAGAAAUUUCAGAAAUGAUUUGUAAUGCAGAAGAAGCAUCCGCAAUAUUUUGACAUGAAGCACUUCACAAAGGGACAUGGGUACCCUUUAACCUUAAUAGAGAGUCUUUAAUAGAAUGACGGCAACUUGAAUUGUACCACAUGGCAUAUUUUCCUCACCAUAUUCUAUUUAUUUUGUCUUCAAAAGCCUUAAAAUUAUUUGGCAUGGUUCUUAUCUGCUUAUUUCCCAAUAUGAAAAAUUAUCUGUUUGAAUCUGACUAGUUUGCUGUUUCAAAAUGAACAAACGAGAGAAAUUUUAAUUCGAUGCUCAACUUUUAUUUUGUAUGUGGAUUACGUGCAGUCACCUAUUCUGCCCUACAGAGAUGUCUGUACACUGAACGAAGUUAGGCUUAGUUUAUUACAAGCAGACAGGUACAACAAACAGGUUUUAGACCUACUGAAUUUUUUUCUUUUUCGGUUCAAGUUUGUUGCACAUUCGAAAAUCAAAUAUUUACACUGUAGCAGGAAAUUACCAGGUCGUUUAGUUCGAUUGACAGGUUUUGUGGAAGUUAUAAGACUACUGAAACCAACAAAAACCAGUGCUUUUUAACGCAUUUUACAUAUUCUUUUUACACUGGGGUGUGAUUUAUCCUUGUCGGCAGAGUAUAUUUUCAGCAACAUAUAUAAAGUCGCUCAGUUUUAAACUACAAUGUCAGAUAUAAACAAGUUUUAAAAGUGUUUCAGUGAAUUGUGGCUACUUGCAGUUGAAAUGAACGAGGUAAGAAAAUUCUUAUAGAUCUGGUGUCCCCUUUGAAGAUACUACGCUGUUUUUAGCGCCUUUAAAUUAAAAGUUAGGUGCAGAAACUCAUGGUCAACAUUUACACUACCAGAAGUGCGUUGUCUUCUUGAAUGUUGCAUGCAAUCACCCGAUCAAAUACAGUGUUAAUCUAAAUAGCCCUUAUAACAAACUGAAAACAUUUAAAAGGUUUUACGAAGUUUUCGCAUUGUGAGCUUCUGUUAAAGAAGCUUAGUUUACAAUAGCACUUGUCUGCCCUCAUUUCCGGCUUGUUUGUCACCUUCCCACGUGAGAAAAUAUGCUCCAUGUUUCAGCGUCUCAGCGACGCGCUUUUGUAAUGCCACAAGAAAUCUUUUAACACAAGAAACAGCAAACAAUGUGCUUUAAAACAGUGCUUGUUUCAUGUUGAAAUUCUAUGUACCAAUUUGUUUUUUCGAUGGUGAAGUUAGCUCAAAUUUGCCAUUUUGAAAAGAGCCGAAACCGUGUUUCUUCUGGCGGCCGGCACAGUCACAUUUAAACAGCUUGUCUAAAGUUAAUUGCUGAAUUAUAAAGCACAAGUCUAUGUCUGUUUUGUGACUUGAUUUCAUUCAGAGAUAUUAUCCCGUUUUUGUGUAUGAGCACGAAGAAAGUGCUCGAUUUGCGCUAAUUUCAUGCUCGAAAGAGUGCUAAUUUACCAUUUUUCAAACUUUGCCCGAUUCCUGAAAAAAUAAAAUGCCGUCAGAAGUUUUGAUGUAAUUUUUGAAAUAAGUGUAUCAUAGAGAUUAUUUGGGAAAAAUAGGAAAUUAAAAAAUCCACGACCGUCAACCAAUUCUCAUUGGCUCUUAAACAACUAUAUGCAUGUUUGCGUAUACAUAUACCUAGAGUUUUCAAUUUAUAUUGCCUUAUUAACAUCUGACAGCCUUGUUGCAAUUGUUUAUUGAAACGGUUUUUGGAAAAUUAUAUAGACAUGAGCUUGUAGAUAAAUAAAUCUUCCUUGUGAUUUGAGUUGUCUUUUACUUUUUACCAGCAAGGAGUUGAGAA